AUGAUUGUAACUACACACCAUUCUCACCCUACCUUUACCUACACUCAUAGAGAAAUGUUCCAAUAUCAACAACAAGACCAACCACAACAACAUCAACAACACAUGCCAUUCAUUCACGAUCAUCAAAGAAUGAUUGAAUCUCAACAUGUCGGACACCCAAACAUUGAUCAUCCUCAGGAAUAUGAGGAUUUUCCGCAAGUCCAUCCUAAGGAGAGAAGAGCCUUCUUCAUGAAGCCUCAUCAUCAUCAUCAAGGAGGCACUCAACAAACCACUCAUCCUCAACAAGAGUGUCAUCUUCUUUGUGGUACCCAGCAGACUGAACAGUAUCAGGGUGGGCCGCGGCAAAAGAUUGAAGAAGAGCAGCCACCAAGAACCACCAAGUCAACCAUCAUAUCCAAUCCUCACAAGAGAAACCACAACAUUAUCAAUGUGAGAGAAGACUUUAUUAUGGAAACCAAUUACAUGAAUUUUUAUCACAAAUUCUAUCAGGCCUUGAAUUGUACAUUUAAACCAGCCUUCAUGACACAUCGAGUGUAUCCAACAGAUCAGAAAAAGGCAGCUCACUACAAUAUGGAUGUCAAGUUCAAUAAGCAAAUGUUUGAACUGAUAACUAAACAAAUUGGAGUUGGUUCAAGACGAGUGUGUGAAGAGGAAAAUGCUGGUGGAUGUUCUGUUUUCUCUGAAGUCAUGUCUUGUGAAAUUAUGACUCGUUUGUUUGAUGCAAGAUUGAUCAAGACAGAGAUGGAAAUUGCAUACAUUCAUGACGGAAGCAAAAAGACCGACUUUUUGAUGAUGAUUGACAACAAGAAGGUUGGCAUCUCUGUCACACGUGCCUUCAAGUACAAGAGACCCACCGAGCAAGACAAUGGCAUGUUUGCCGAUUUCACCGUUGAAGAUGGCAUGAACUUGUUGAAGAAAAAGUUGAGUGGUAUCAGUUGGGCCAAUCAGAAUGUGCAAAAACAAGACAAUUGGGAAAAACAUAUUUUGCAUAUCUUUGUUCCGAACAAACAAGUGGCAAAUGCGUUGAAGCAAUCAUACAAGACCAUGAAUCACAACUACAAAAAGAAUACCAUUGUCAUUGUGACAGAAACAACCACAAUGGAUUGUAUCUAUUCAGAAAGAUUGUAUGACCAUACAUGUUGA